UGGUUGGCAAGCAAACAAUCAGGUGAAGGACUAUUGUCAGCAUAGUCGAGCCUGGAGGUGACAACCGCUCUGUGAGCCAGUUCGACGCCUGCCUGGACUCAAGGAUGGCUGGUAACGAAGAUCCCUUUCGUGGAACAUUGGACAACGCACAACGCGCUGGACUUCCACGUCCAGAUGAAGAGGCGUCAGAUGAAGAGAUGGAGGCACUGGAGCCACCUCAAGCCAACAUCGUCCCGCGCGCCAACACCCGACGUGGUCCAGGUGACUAUACAAGACAAAUGGUGCUGAUAAACAUUUUUCAACUGGAAGGGAAUACGGCACCUCGGACGAACGAUAACCAAAUCGUCCGCGUAGUCAUAAACCAAGCACUAACCAGUGGCCAAUUGUUGGCCAGGAUAAAGGAAGGCUUCCUGGAUCCAAAUCGCGUGAACGUCCGAGCGGCAGAACGGCGUAAGAUUGAGAGAGCUUCCUUAAGCAACACCAGGCUUUACAAUUUCCAUACGGGCGAGGGGAUGGAGGCCAUUGGGGAGCAGUUUCCAAAUGCUGGGUUCCUGAAGACUGAGACUCGGGGAGACUGCAAGGUGUAUGUGUAUGUUGAACCACAGGCACGUGGCCAAGAGCAGGAUCCAACAGAACAGGGGGCACCUGCAGCGCAGCAACAGACACCUGGUCGGGGCCGUGCAGCGCAGCAACAGACACCUGGUCGGGGCCGUGCAGCGGAGCAACAGACACCUGGUCGGGGCCGUGCAGUGGAGCAACAGACACCUGGUCGGGGCCGUGCAGUGGAGCAACAGACACCUGACCCAGACAGCGCACCUGCAGUGCAGCAACAGGUACAUGACCCUGACAAUACACCUGUAGCACAACAACAGGCACCUGUUCCGCCGGAUGCCGUUCCGCCGGAGACGACCGGCGAAAGUCAAGAAUCAGCAAGUCCAUCAUCAACGCCGCCCCCUCUGUCACCGCAAUCGCCGAUGGUCUAUGAGUAUGAGAGCUUACCACUCGCUGACGAUAUCACGCCCGUUGAGGAGACAGCGACAGAGCUGCCGUUGCUCCGCAGAAGCCACAUUGAGCAUGGCGUCGUCGUGGGGAGCUGGAGUUCGUCGGGCUCGGUGAUCUGUGGGCAGAUUGUCACGGACACGUCCGACCGAGGGUUGGACUUCCCAGAAAGACUGCUCGGUGGCAGGACAUGUAGAGCAGCACGACUGCAAUCACUAUUGCAGGUUAUUCUGAGGCCAUUGGAGCGUGUGCCUUACGUGUGGCCAUUGCCAUUUAGCCAAAUGUGCCUCCAGGCCUCACUUGACACGAGGUUACUGUUGGUCAUCCGCCUGACGACAACAAUCGUCGCUCCCCUAAGGGACAUGAUCAGGAAUAUAGGGGCCGAACAGGCCAUGGUGACCUACUUCUGGCCAUACGAGGGGGGGACCCAAGAUGCUGACGAUGUUGUACAGUACUGUCGGUCGGAAGGGACUCCUCCCCUUAUGGUCCUGUUAGGACCAAGAGGCCACACCCAGAUGAUAAUUCUUCAGAGGUUUGAAGACACUGUUCCCACCGGUGUGGCCAUUUUGGAAGGUAUCAGCAAUGGCCAGCUGUACAUGGAGGCAAUACAAAGGGACAGGCAACGUAUCCUGGAGAGUAGGCGUCUGCGGGAAGAUCAAGACGCCGAGAUCUUGCAACAGCUUGGCACCGACCAGGUACAGGGACGCCAGCAGCCCGAGACUACAGGCCAGAGCACGGGCCGGGUGCCGGGACACCAGCAGCCUGAGACUACAGGCCAGAGCACGGACCGGGUGCCGGGACACCAGCAGCCUGAGACUACGGGCCGGGUGCCGGGACACCAGCAGCCUGAGACUACAGGCCAGAGCACGGGCCGGGUGCCGGGACACCAGCAGCCUGAGACUACAGGCCAGAGCACGGACCGGGUGCAGGGACGCCAGCACGUGCGAACCCAGAUGCCAGCCGCAACUGCCGUGACAAGGUAUCAUCAGCGUCACCACCCCUACGGGCCCCAGGUCCCGGGAGGACACAUGCCACGUCACCGGCCCCCGGGAGGGAACAUGCCACGCAACCGGGCCCCGGUAGGAAACAUGCCACAGCACCAGGUCAUGGGAGGGAACAUGCCACGCAACCGGGCCCCGGUAGGAAACAUGCCACAGCACCAGGUCAUGGGAGGGAACAUGCCACGCCACCGGGCCCCGGUAGGAAACAUGCCACUCCACCGGGCCCCGGUAGGAAACAUGCCACGCCACCGGGCGCAGAUGCGGGGACCCACACCCCCGUAUUGUACUUUUCAAUAGCGAGUGUCCGCUGCCCUGUUACGUUUAAUCUCUACUUCAUUACACUAGUGUUGCGGUCCUUGAAGAUCUGUAUUGUAUGACAUCAUGUUGUCGAAGGUUCACAGUGAGCAUUAGCUUUAUCAUUAGUUAGUUAAUUAGCUAGUUAAUUUGCUUCAAGGCGUAAAAUGUCACCGGAGUUGAUCUAUUUGAUUUCACUAGUGUUGCGAUCCUUUAAAAUCUGCGUUAGUUUUAUCUGUUGAAUUUGAUAGUUUGUACUUUGUACUAAUAAAGGAUUGUGAAGUCAUUUGGCUACUAGUACUGAAAAUUGUUGAAUCUACGACGCCAUAACGUUAGAAGGAUGCAUUAGAUUUAUCUGUCCAAUCCUACAGUAUGGACCACUUGAAGAUUGUUAAAAUUCAUAGUUACUUUGUAAUAUCUUUGAUUAAACUGUGGUUGCGGUUCUGCAAAUCUGUAUUGUUGAAUCUAUGACGUCAUGACGUGAAAACGUGUGCGUUCGUUUUGUCAGUUAAAUGAUAUGAUAUGGACAACUAAAGAAUAGUUAAAAGUCAUUUGGGUCUUGAAAAUUAUUUCGUUACUUUGCUACGUGGCGUUUAAUCUCUACCCUUACCCUAGGGUUACGGUCGUCCUUGGAAAAACGUAUACUUGAUAAAUGACGUCAUGAUGAUGGUUGGAAUCGUAAAAUAACGUUCAUCGUUUGUUGCUCUCACCACGUGACCCCAGACCGUCUAAACACAAUGAUUGGCCUGUUACACCGUUUCCCGCCACACGUAAUGGUGCUCCCUCAUCAUUAACUUAACUAACUAACUAGCUACCUAACUUAAGAAAUCCAAGUUAAAAAAACAAACCAAAUGCCAUAAAUUAAAGUGAAACAUCUUGAUUUCAACUAAACUAAAACUUGGUUACGAAAACGGAAAUAUUCAGAAGAACAUAAUGACAAAAGUCCAAUAAAAUCAAUACAAUACAAUAUAGGGUUAAAUGACCCGCU